GUGGAUGCGAAGAGUCUCGGCCUCAAUGACUACUUCGAUGUCAUCAAGCGCCCCAUGGACCUGGGGACGAUCCAGACGAACUUGAAGCGGCACUCUUACAAGAGCUUCUUUGAGUACAGAGACGAUGUCAUCUUGACCUUCGACAACGCCAUGCAGUAUAACCCCCCGGACAACUAUGUCCAUGGGCUGGCUGCCAAGUGCAAGAAGCGGUUU